UAGCCACAAAAUAAAAAACUGCAUUUUCUCUUGUCUCAACUGUGAGAAUCCAUGGCGGUUUCAGGGUUGAGAAGUGGUGGUUUACCGUUGUUCCACUUCCCUCAUCAUCACCAUCUUCGUUUCUCACAAUCACCUCCUUCCUUUGCAAAGCUCAACGUUCUUCACUCCAAGUCAAAGGGUUUCACUCUCUUUGCUCGCUAUGCUCAAGCUCAGGACAUUUUCUCCUCUCGUCGGUUACAAGAUAGCAUUGAAAACUUGCCCAAGCUUGUGGAAGACAUUGUGCAGACAUCCAUAAACACAGGUCCUAGGGGUGUCCUUAGGUUGGCUCAAGGUGUUCAAGCCUUCAUUGGGGUUGGUCAAGAGUGGUUAACUGAUGUGUCAAAGUCAACAAAUUCAGCUACUGGGUUGCCCACUGAAAUGCAGCUUGGUUUACUCUCCCCCAUUUAUUUGAGGAGGUUGUUUGAACGCAUGGGGGCAACCUAUGUCAAAUUAGGUCAGUUUAUAGCAUCAGCACCGACACUGUUUCCACCUGAGUAUGUACAAGAAUUCCAGAAUUGUUUUGAUAGAGUUCCUCCAGUUCCUUUUGAGGAAAUUCAAUCUAUAUUGCGUAAGGAACUAGGAAGACCAAUAGAAAGUGUUUACGAAUAUGUGGACCCAACACCCAUUGCUUCUGCCUCUAUAGCACAGGUUCAUGGUGCAAGGCUAAAAGGCUCCCAGGAGGAUGUGGUUAUAAAGGUCUUAAAACCAGGAAUAGAGGACAUAUUAGUGGCAGAUCUUAAUUUUGUUUACGUUGUUGCUCGGAUAUUGGAAUUUUUGAAUCCUGAAAUCAGCCGGACAUCACUGGUUGGUAUUGUCAAAGACAUACGGGAGUCUAUGCUUGAAGAAGUUGACUUUUGUAAGGAGGCUGCGAAUAUUGAGGCUUUCAGGAGAUAUUUAGAAGCAAUGGGACUCACAAGGGAUGCAACAGCUCCAAAAGUGUAUCCAUACUGCAGCACACGGCAAGUUUUAACUAUGCAAAGACUGUAUGGAGUUCCCCUUACUGACCUAGACUCCAUAAGUUCAUUAGUUUCUAAUCCAGAAGCCAGCCUCAUAACUGCUCUCAAUGUGUGGUUUGGAAGUUUGCUUGCAUGUGAAUCUUUUCAUGCCGAUGUACAUGCAGGAAAUCUGUGGCUUCUACGUGAUGGCCGUAUUGGAUUUCUUGACUUUGGAAUUGUUGGUCGUAUAUCCCCCAAAACAUGGGCUGCUAUGGAAGUCUUCUUAGGAUCAAUUGGCAUUGAAGAUUAUGACUCAAUGGCAUCUGCCUUAAUUGAAAUGGGUGCAACAAACCAGGAUGUUAAUGCUAAGGCCUUUGCCAUGGAUUUGGAAAAAGUAUUCUCAUCAAUUAAGGAGUUGGACACUGAAAUAGUUGUAGCAACAGCUAGUGGAACAGCCACAAAUGCAACUGCUGUCUCUGCUAAUAUAGUUGUUGAUGAGAGGCAGAUGAAUGCACUCUUUCUUGAUGUGGUUCGGGUUAGUGAAUCGUAUGGAUUAAAGUUUCCUAGAGAAUUUGCACUUCUCCUGAAGCAGCUCUUGUACUUUGACCGGUACACACGGUUGUUGGCUCCCAAUAUGAACAUGCUUCGGGAUCAGAGGAUUUCCAUUGCCUCCAAUAGAAGAAGCAGGAGGUAUAGAGACAGUUUUUAAAGAGACGUUACACAAAAUAUAGAUGUACCAAUUUCAGUUCAAAAGAUUUUAUCUGUGUUGUUACUAUCGUAUAUAAAUAAAUAAAGUAAUCCAUUGUUGUUACUUUGAUUUGAUAAGGACAUUCGAUUGUAAGUUUUUGAC